AUGAGUUCUGCCUAUUGGCACUCAAUAGCAACAAUGAAGUCGAUUUUUUCAUUAGUUACAUGUUUUUUGGCACUAGUUACUUCGGCUUUCGCGCAAGCGUCGCAGGAGGAACAACAAGCAGCAGUGCAACUCAGGAAAUUAAUUAAAGACGAAAGUUCUUUCCAGUUGACAACAAUCAAUCAAAACGGUACUCCAUAUGGUAUUAGAAUGUACUAUAUUUCUCCCGACAGAUGUGAGGGAGUAGAGCAUGACGGCCAGCCCAUUUUUUUGAUGGUCGACACGACACUACAACAAGUAAACGCUAAAAACAAUAACAACGUGUCUUUCUCAGUUGCGUCUAUAUCGAUUGAAGACCCCAUGAAAGCACCUCGUGCAAACUUCGCGGGUGAGCUCGAAGUACUCCAGCCCAUUCCAGCCUUGCAGAAGUGCUUUGCAGACGUGCAUCCUGAUGCUAAACCUUGGAUACCUAGCGGCCCUAGCCCCGUAAAGUUCUACCGCUUUAAAAUCAAGUCAAUAUAUUAUGUCGCUGCGAAAGCUGGGUAUAAUGGAUACAUUGAUCCAGCGCUAUAUGCCAAUGCUAACUAA